UUGGCCUCAACAGGAAGUUUUCGGUGAUGCGUGGAGCUUAAAUGUUAUUCACGUCAGUGAAGUCAUAUAAUACAUGUUAAUUUAACCUUGUCAGAACUUAUCACAGGCAAUUCUAUUUAUACAGUUAAAUUGUUCAACUAGAUGAUUAUUUAAGAAGAAAAUGAGUGAUAUUUUAGUUAAGGCCGUGAUCGGUCUGAUCAGGGCUGUGGUGUUUGUUUACGAUGCUGUUUCUUUUCUACCGUAUUAUAUAAUUUUUGACCCCAAUAGUAAACUGCGACAAUCCCGCCGACAAAAGGCAUGGCCCAUAUCAGAUGAAGACGAACCACCAUGGAGAUCCGUUGAUGUACCUGGCGGGGAAUUAACAACGACUUUAUUUGAAGAAUGUUCCACACUUGAUGAUCUUUUCGUACGAGCUGUUCGGCUAUACAGUACAAGGGAUUGUCUUGGAACAAGGGAGGUAAUCUGUGAAGAGGAUGAAAAACAACCCAACGGUCGAGUUUUUAAAAAGGUGAUAUUAGGAGAUUAUAGCUGGAUAACCUACGAACAAGCAUACACUAGAAUGACAUACUUUGGUAGCGGUUUAUUAGCUUUAGGACAGAAACCACGUUAUAAUAUUGUUAUAUUUGCUGAAACACAGGCAGAAUGGAUGAUAGCAGCACAAGCUUGUUUUAAAUAUAACUUUCCUAUUGUAACACUGUACGCUACACUCGGACAGGAUGCAAUAAUACAUGGAGUGAAUGAAACUGAGGUCACGCAUGUUAUCACCACUAAAGAUUUAGCUUCAAAAUUUAACGGUAUAUUAAAACUGAUGCCGAAGGUAACACAUCUGAUAGUCAUGACAGAAAAUACUAGAUUACCACAAGUUAAAGAAAAACCUGAUCAUGUUAAAGUAUUGUCUAUGAAAGAUGUUGAGUUAAAAGGAGCUGAACCUGAUAAUAUUAACUCUCCAGUAACUAAACCAAGUAGAUCCGAUAUAGCUGUAAUAAUGUAUACCAGUGGUUCAACAGGCUUACCUAAAGGUGUUUUAAUUAGUCAUGGUAAUUUAAUGUCUGGCAUGUCCGGACAGUGUGAACGAAUUCCACAUUUAGGACCACCUGAUAUUUAUAUAGGUUAUUUACCUCUAGCUCAUGUAUUAGAACUCAGCGCUGAGAUAUCGUGUAUAUCACAUGGUGUAUGUAUAGGCAUUUCUGUAAAACCAACAAAUGCUACCAGAAACAUUAGUGUAAUAUUUGAUAGUCAAUUAAACUUAUAG